AUGCACAUUAGUUUAGCUGUUCCUAUUCUUCUUGGCGUCUCUGUCUCUGCCCAAAGCAUCAUCGAUGCUGUGGGUGGGCAGGCACAGCUUAGCAUGCUGGCUCUUCUUCUCAAUGCUCAGCCAGGUUUGGUCAGCACACUGAGCAGCGCUCAGAACAUCACUUUGCUUGCUCCUCACAACGAUGCUUUUAAUCAGUUCCUCAGCACCCCUGGUGGAAUGCAAGCAUCAGCGCAGCUAGAUGUCGUGGCUGCUUUGUUGGAAUACCAUGUUAUAAACGGGGCGUUCCAUUCGUCGUCUUUCACUUCGACACCGGUCUUUCCGAACACUUUUUUGACCAAUACAACAUACACGGGUGUUACUGGUGGCCAGGUCGUCGAGGUUGUCGCACAGAAUGGAGCAGUCAAUGUUUUCAGCGGGCUGAAAAGUAAAUCCACCGUCACUACUCCUGACUUGCAGUUCAACGGAGGUUUUAUCCAUGUAAUUGAUACGGUUCUGACAAUCCCUCCAAAUAUCUCCACUACGGCUAUGGCCAGUAACCUUUCACAGCUUGCAUCUGCUGUAACUUCGGCAGGAUUGCUCUCAGCUGUUGAUAGCACUCCCAACAUAACUGUAUUUGCACCUACCGACGCGGCCUUUGCGGCUAUCGCUGAUACUGUUAAAGGCCUAACCACCAAUCAACUUGCGUCAAUCCUGGAAUACCACGUGGUUCCAGCACUGGGAUAUAGCAGCGCUCUUAAAACCGGGAAUUUGCCAACGUUGGAGGGCCAACAAGUGAAUGUUGUGGUUGAUGGGGGUUCUGUCAAGGUGAACAAUGCCAACGUCGUCAUGGCAGAUGUUAUCGUAGGGAACGGGGUCGUCCACGUCAUUGAUACCGUAUUAUCACUCCCUGGAGGAAAUAACACAGGAUCCUCCACCGGACCAACAAUUGGGUCCAAUGGAUCAUCGCCUUCCAUGGCAGGACCGAGUUCAGGCACGAACAGCUCUCCAAAUUCCUCGGCCAACGCAACCAUGGGAUCAGCAGGGUUUGUUGACUUCAAGUUUACGGUAGUCCAGAAUCCACCGUCCAACAAGGACAAGCUUUUAAAGCUGAGUUAUGCGGCGGCAACUCAAUUCAGCUAA